AUGCUGAAAAAUGUUGAAAAAAAAUUUUUUUCUUUUUUUUAUUCCUUAGUUCAUCUUAAUUUUUUACCAGUCCGAAAGGAUGUUACUGUUGUGGAGGGGGAAAAUGGCACAAUACACGACAAAGAUAGUUCUACAAAACAGGAUGAAGAUAGUUCUAUAAAACAGGAUGAAGAUAGUUCUACAAAACAGGAUGAAGAUAAUUAUUUUGAUGUAGACUUAGAUAAUCUAAGUUUAUUACCAAACCCGAUGGAAUUAUAUGAAUAUAUAAAUAGUGAGGAUAGCAAAAUAAGAGUAAAACCUUUUAGUAAUUUGAAGGGUGGACUAAAAAAGAGAAACUUAACUAAAGAAACAUUUUUAGAAUUAUAUAAAUCAGCAUUAAGUCAUUUUGAUAUAGAUGGUUAUACAUUUUUAAUGGAAAGGGUUAUGAAUAAAGAAUAUGGAAAUAAAUUUUUACAAAAAAAAAAAAAAAAAAAUGAAUUAUAUCCUCAUUGUGAUAAUAUAAGUCAUAGUAGAAUUAAAAAUAAUGAGAUUCGGAAUAAUAGAAAAGAAAGAAUAGGCAAUAAAAAUAUUAAUAAUAAUGAUAUAGUGGAACAAAUUGAUUAUCCAGGAGGUCCUAUAAGAUCUAGUUAUGGAAAUAAUUUAAGUAAAUUAAUGAAAGAAUCUUUAGAAAAUGUAGAAACACUUGAAUCAUCAAAAGAACCUGGUUUGGCAAAUAUGUUAUUACAAAGUUUAACAAUGGUUAAGGGACUUAUACAAUCUGUUGCAAGUUCUGUUGUUGAUAUUGUACCUCCAUUAAUACCUCCACCAAUAUGGAUUAAUAGACCACUACCAUGUUUACCUAUGGUUACUGGUAAGAAUUGUUUAGGUUCUAUUUUAUAUCCAAUAACAGCAGCUGAAUUUAUAACAGCAGAUGUAACGGAUUCAACUAUGAAUGGAAUUAUAGCUAGUUUUCCAUCAAAAUAUUCAUCUAAAAUUGGAAAAACAUCUAAUACACAAUAUAGAAUAUGUGCAAUGGCAUAUUUAGGGAUGUAUUGUGCAUCUUUAUUUCCUAUAUGUUGGUUACCAAUUGGUUUAAAAGUUGCUGAAACAAUGUCUGUUUGUUUUCCUCAAUGUUUAGCUACAUUGAUUGCUUGUCCUGGAUUUUGGAUUGAUGACAUUGAAGGACCAUGUAGUGAUGCAUCUGUACCUCCAUUUUGUUCCUUUUCUAUUUUUGUUAAUCAUAAAUUAAUACCCCCACAAUUAAGUAGCUAUGAAGGGUCACAUCUUUAUCCCAAAACAUGCCCAGAAAGAGAUGAUAAUUAUGAUAUCCCAGAAGAAUUAUAUGAGCAUGAUGAAACUGAAAGAAAUAAAGAAAGCAUAUAUUUAAAUGAAAAAAAAUCAUAUUCAAAUAUUUCCUUGCCUACAUAUACAGAUUCAGUUAAAACUAUAUAUGAUGAUAAUAUAAAACCUGAACACAUAGAUGCAUGCAAUUGUCUAGAUAUUAGCCAUUUAUGCACUAAACAUUUUGCUAUCCCAGUUAUUAAAAAAUAUGAUGAUCCUAAUUAUACAUCUAUUUAUGAACAUAAAUAUGAAGAACCAGUAAAAUUGACAAAGUUUCAAAAAAAUUGUUGUUCUAUAUGUAAACAAAUUUAUAAUAUUAUAGCUCCUAAAAAAAAAAAAAUUAUAGAUUUAAGAGGGUUUGAUGUUUAUCCUAAAAAAUUAGGAUCUAGUUUUUUGUCUAAUAUUGUUCUUCACUAA